UAAUUGUAUUUAAACAUGCAGAUGUAUUUUUGCAUAAAACUGUGCUGCCUCUUAAUUCUUCUUAUAAAAAAUACAUGGGCAUUUGACAUAUGUUAAUACAAGAAAAUAAUUCUUAUUCCAGGGGUUAUUUGUUUUGAGUAAACCUUAGCCAGAAGGUAUUUCUGAGGCCAAUCAUGAAAGCAGAAUUUUUAAAUACUUACAGGUUGUUAUUUCUAAUACGAAAAUCCACAGCUAGUAAUUUUUAUUCAGAGAAUACAUAUAAAGAAUAAAAUCUCCAUUUCUAAGAGCUUGGGUAAGCACAAUUCUUUGUUCAUUCAUAUGCUGAGUGCAGACUGCAAGUCAGUAUUUAGCAGGGCUGCAGCAGGCAGUGCAUGCCUGACCACACUCUCCUAUUUUUUCACCCUUCUAAUAGCAUUGGAGAGUCAAAAAAGCAGUGAAAAGAGAAGGGCAUGUAUUGAGGAAUUUGUUAUGCAGGAUGCACGCAGGCUUCACACCAUUUAGCCAUAGAGAUGAGCCCUAACCCAACAGUUAUCUCUGUGCACUGCUGUAUUUACAGGAUUGCAAACUGAGAGCAGAAUUGAGCCGAGGAAUCUUUUUUCAGAAUCAUGGGGCUUUUUGUCUGUAGGAAGGCAAGCUGAUGCUGUUAAGAGGCAGAAACUGUUAAGAGAUCUGGGUUCAUAAUUAAAGAUUUCUGAUGUAACUCUUUCAAAUUAGUUAUGAACUCUCAUUUUUCACUGUUGAUACCAAGGAUGAUAAGAGGAAUGCUCAUCUUAUUCAGCUGAAGUGUUUAAUCUUCCAUAACUGUGAUGUGCUUUGAGGUGGCAGUACUGAAUGUCACAAGAAACAGCUAUGAGGAACUAGCAUUAUGUACUUUGAUUGAAGAUAGUCAGAUACCUGAACUGAAAAACUGAAAAAAAAAAUUUAAAGUAACCUUAGAACAGAUCAAUUGUUCCGCUGCAGUGUGAUCUCUCAGUGCAGAAUUAUGCUGAAGUUAGCUUUGUAAAAGCUUUGGUAGAGGUCGCUUAAGAGCUAUUUUUCAGCCAGCUACAUCAGACACAGCCUUCAAUAGCGAGGCCUGUGUCAGGCCCAAGUGGAUUUGGUUAAAUUUCUACCUCGUGUCUUCAGUGUGGAGUCAAAGGACAGCAGGAAAAGCAGGGCAAGUAACACUUUACAGAGUGAGGAGGCUGAGGGCCGAGAUGACCCCCGCCACAGCUACGUUUAAUACCAUGCCAUGAAAGCACGUAAUUGAUGACGGGACAGGUACCAGUGCCACGUUUUGCUGGCAGCCACACACCCAGCUCGGGCCUUGGGCAGCCGUGCCCCCGGAGCGGCGGGAAAAGCGCCAAUUUCCUUCCGUUCGGGCCAGCUCGGCUGCGGGCGAGCCCCGCCCCGCCCCAGCGUCGCCCCUCGGGCCGAGCAGCUGCGGUCCCCGAUCCGCGUCGGUGUCGGGGCCGUGUGGGGCCGUGUGGGGCCGUGUCGGGGACAUGUCGCGACACAGGCGGGUCCCGCGGCGGCAGCCCGGCGGGGCUGCGGAGGACGGGGCUGCCGCCGCCGCGCUGCGCGCCCGGGCCGAGCCCCUCAGGGAGGCCGGCGUGGACGAGGAGGUGGAAAUGGCGGUGCAGCUGGCCCUGGAGCGGUUCCAGAGCGGGGACGAGGCGGAGAUGGAAUUUCCUUCUAGUUUCACUAGUACUGAAAGAGCAUUUGUUCACCGGCUCUGUCAGUCUCUUGGACUGGUGUCUAAAAGCAAAGGAAAAGGAGCCAAUCGAUACCUGACUGUAAGGAAGAAGGAUGUGUCAGAGGCACACGCAGUCAUGACUUGUGACUUGGCUCUCCGUACGAAACACGCCGUUCGGAGUCUAAUUCAGCGCUUUCCCGUCACAAAUAAGGAACGCAAGGAGCUCCUGCCAAGGACAGAGCGAGGAAGUGUCUGUGCUAUUGCAUCUGAAAACAAAGAAGUAAACAAGACAAGUGGUCGACUUAAUGAUGGUAUCCCCCAGGUCCCAGUGAAAAGAGGGGAAUCAGAGUUUGAUUCCUUCAGGCAGUCACUACCAGUUCUUGAAAAACAGGAAGAAAUUGUCCAAAUCAUAAAGGACAAUAAAAUUGUUUUAGUUAUAGGAGAGACUGGAUCAGGAAAAACGACGCAGAUCCCUCAAUUUAUCCUUGAUGACUGCUACAAGAAUGGAACUCCCUGUCGUGUGUUUUGUACUCAGCCAAGACGUUUAGCAGCUGUUGCUGUGGCUGAAAGAGUGGCAGCAGAAAGAAGAGAGAAGAUUGGCCAGACAAUUGGUUACCAGAUCCGGUUAGAAAGCAGGUACUAAUGGUAUUUCUAAGUGUCGGUUGAUCUUGUGUUGGUCUUGUGAAUCUUGUGUACGUUGAAACUGCAGUAUGUUUGGGUUGCAGCCUCACAGGUGGCAUAUGUUACUGCAGGUAAGGAAUACGUAAGAGUGAAAAGGAUGGCUUACUUCCUGUGUUUUGCAGUUUCAUGUAGAAGGUUGUCUUACAGAACUGAAUCUCAGGUAUUUUCUGUUGAUUUCUUCUGUGGAGUGUAUGCAUGGAAAUCCUUGUCUGAUUUUCAGAUCAAGUCUACACUUUCUUCUUCCCCACCCCCCCACCCCUUCUGCUUUUAACAUGUGCGGAUCCAAAAGGUCUGCAAGCUUUGAAGGUAGGUGUGAAAACCAGCAUGCUGUAACGAAUGUUAUGUAGUGAGAGUUGAUAGGAGCCAUAAAAGGGAAAACAAAAAAAUUGGAAUGUGACUGAUGAAGCUGAGCAUUAUUUACCAGUCUAGUCUGGACUAAAUUUACUCUUCUUCAGCUUCUGUGUUUAAAACAUGAAGUGAUGUAAAAGUAGAGAUUUCAGUAUCACUUGAUGAAUUUGUCUGUAAGCAGAGCAUGAAUGGAUUGUUUGGGGUUUUUACAUCUUUGCACCGUGUAGCGAAAUGACAUUUCAGGGAAGGGCCAGCAGUUGAGAUAUGAGUGACCAGAAGAUGGCUAAAGGUUGUGUUGCUUGAGUGAACAAAGAUAACACAUAGCUGGUGAAAAUGAAUGCACUUGAACAACGAAGCCACAAUAA